AUGGGGUUAUUCAGGAUUAUUUUGUUGCUUCUAUUGAGCAUUUACGCAUCUGCACAAGAUGGGCAGGGGCUCAUAUCGUGCCUCCAACAAAAGGGCACCACAUACUUGACCACUUCUAAUUCUUCCUCUCAAUACGACUCUCAGUUGCAGUUUUCUCUGCAAAACUUGAGGUAUACAGAACCAGGCGUGCGCAAGCCAUAUGUGUUGAUUCUGCCACAGAAGAGACAACAAGUGGUGCACUCAGUACGGUGCUGCAUCAAACAUGGCUGGCAGAUUGUUGUGCGCAGCGGAGGACACAGCUACGAAGGUCUCUCCUCCACUUCCGUUGCCCCCAAUUUCGCUAUCAUCGACCUCAUGAAUUUCGGCGCCGUUAUGGUCGACAUGAAGUCGAAAACAGCGUGGGCAGAGGCGGGCGCGACGUUGGGGCACUUGUACUACGCCAUUGCACUCAACACUCCAGACUACGGAUUUCCCGCGGGAGUGUGCCCUACGGUGGGCACGGGCGGUCAUUUCAGUGGCGGCGGAAUGAGUAUGCUCUCCAGGAAAUAUGGCCUCGCAGCCGACAACAUCAUCGAUGCGCUUCUCGUGGACGCAAAUGGUAAGUUGUUGGACAGGAAGAGCAUGGGAGAAGAUCUGUUUUGGGCACUCCGAGGAGGCGGGGGAGGCAGCUGGGGCGUCGUCGUUGCAUGGAAAGUCCGCCUGGUGAGAGUGCCACGUAAAGUGACAGUGUUGAGAGUUUACAGAACGGGGCGAAAUCAGGUGACGGAUCUCGUCUAUAGGUGGCAAUCCAUUGCACCACUUGUGGAACGGGAUCUUUUUGUUCGCGCCAUCAUAUCAGGUACCCAAUUACAAGGUGGCCAGAAGGACGUUAAGCUUACCUUCGAUGGAAUGUAUCUCGGCCCCCUCGACCAGCUGCUCAAAGUGGCUAAUGAGAGUUUCCCUGAAAUGGGAAUUGUUGCUGGAGAUUGCGAGGAGAUGAGCUGGAUAGAUUCAAUAUCUUACAGCGGAUAUACCACUACGAACCAUCUGGUCAGCAGGAACAAUUCCAACAAAAGCUACUUCAAAGCAAAAUCUGAUUUUGUAACGAGCCCUAUAUCGUCAUCGGGGUUGGAGGGCGCAUGGAAGUUCUUGGAAGAGGACCUUAGUGGUUAUGUUAUUUUUUCUCCGCUGGGAGGAAGAAUGUACGAGAUACCAUCAUCAGAGAUCCCAUUUCCCCACAGAGCAGGGUAUUUGUACGACGUACAAUAUCAAGUUACGUGGAAAGACAGCAGCCAGGAUUCGGCCUACAUCGAUUGGAUCCGAAGAUUUUACAGAUACAUGACUCCUCAUGUAUCCAAAUCGCCCAGGGGUGCCUACGUGAACUAUAUAGAUCUCGACUUGGGUAUAGCCGUUAAUGGAUCAUCCAUCGUGGAAGACGCAAGAGCUUGGGGUGACAAGUAUUUCAGAGGCAAUUUCGACAGAUUGGUGAAGAUAAAGACCAACUUUGAUCCUAAAAAUGUUUUCAGGAAUUCACAGAGUAUUCCUGUGAACAAGUGA